GGCCUUGCCUCAUAUAUAUAUAUAUAUAUACGUACAUUAUACAUACACUCAUCUCUCUAUAAGAAUCCUAGGGCUAGGGUUUGAUACCCAGUUCAAUACUCACUCUUCGGAAUCCACUACACUUCAAUUCUUCGCCGAUUACUCUCCUCCUCACCAGGAAUCACCUUCUUCCCAUUUGUUGAGAGGAUAGUUUUCAAUUUACAGAUUGUUUAAUUAUUUAUUUUUCCUAUGGGGGAUACAGAAGAUACACUCCUCCCACCUUCAAAGAAGAGGGCUGCUGGAAGGGAAUUAUCUCGAGAUAACCCCGGUCUUGAUGAUGAUGAGGAGUCUUCUGAACUAGAGUCUGGGACUUUCAAGAAAGCUAGCGAGGAAGUGCUGGCAAGUAGAAGAAUUGUCAAAGUCCGUCGGAAUCAAACAUCGUCAACCUCUUCUCCUAAUCCUUUUGCUGGAAUCCGCUUGGUUCCUUCUACUGAUUCCAGCACGGCUGCAUCUGAAUCUACUACUAAAGUAGUAAGUGAGAAAAUAGUUUCAGAAGAGGUUGAUCGAAAAAAUGAUGUGAAUGAGGAAAUUGACAAGGGAAAUUAUGAUAAUGAUAAGGAGACAGAAAACAAGGCUGAUGAGGUUGCAGAUGAGAAGAAACCGGAUACUGAUAAUGAGGGUAGCAAAUCUGAGUUAGCAGAUGAGAAGGCAACAGAAGAAGAGAAAACUGAGGUUGCAGAUAACAAAGACACCGAGGGUGCUACGGCUGAGAACAAGGACGUGAAAGAAAAUGGUAACGAAAACAAAGAAAAAGGUGCAGAAGCUGCGUCAUUUGGCUCAUUCCAGCAGCUUUCAAGCAGCCAAAAUGCCUUCACGGGACUUUCUGGAACUGGGUUUUCCAAUUCUACCUUCUCAUUUGGGUCGAUUCCUAAAGAUGGAUCUUCACUAGGUUCUGGUUCCGGUUCUCUUUUUGGACUGAAAACUGACCAGCCUUCUUUUGGUUUCAGUCUUUCUAAUAAUGGAAAUUCUUCCCUCUUUGGCACACCAGGGGCUUCGAUUGGUACUAAGAGUGAGACAAGUGGAUUCCCAUCUAUGCAUGAGGUUCAGGUUGAGACAGGUGAAGAGAAUGAAAAACCUGUUUUUACAGCUGAUUGUGUGACGUUUGAGUUUAUUGAGGGAGGGUGGAAGGAGAGAGGGAAGGGUGAACUCAAGUUAAAUGUCUCAACAACCGGAACAGGGAAAGCCAGACUUGUAAUGAGAGCUCGAGGUAACUAUAGGUUGAUUUUAAAUGCGAGUUUAUACCCGGAUAUGAAGCUAACUAAUAUGGAAAAGAGAGGCAUCACAUUUGCGUGCAUGAAUAGUACUGGUGAAGGGAAGGCUGGGCUUACUACAUUUGCUUUGAAGUUUAAGGACGCUUCCAUAGUUGAAGAGUUCUGUGCAGCGGUUGCAGAACAUAUAGGCAAAACAGUUGCUGUUCUGAAGACACCGGAAAAUUCUCCAAAGGCAUCGGAUGACUAAAAGCAAUCCAAAUUAGUGGACAGAGAACUCUAUUUCCUUUUGUAAUAGUCGAAGAAGCUUCUUUAGAGUUUGAUAAUUUGUAAGGCCAUCCAUUCUGCUGUUGUUUUGACUUGAUCAAUGCAUGGGUAAAUUUGGGUUUGGACUGCCUACUUUAUAAUUGAAAGACCUGGAACUGCCGAACUUAGUUUGCGAACCGUCUCAUCAUUCUUGAGUUACACAUCAAAUUGCCGUCUUGCAGGUUGAAAAUACAAUUGGUUUGCAUUCAUCUACGGAACACUAUCAUCGUGAUAUGCAUUUGUUCUUUAUCAAAUCGAUACAUUUGGAACCGGUUGAGACAGUUGCAGACCAGUCCAAUAUGUUGUAUUACAUUCCCCAUGAAUGAAUGAGCUUAAGAUGCUAUCAUCAUAUACUAAGGUUUUUCUGCAGCAGCCAGGUCUGCGGUGCCCCAAAAACUGUGUUAAGUUCCUGGUUGAUCAGUUGUUUCUUUCCUGCUUUUUUUUCAUUUUAUCUUGAUGUUUAAUUUUUCCUUCAUUUGAUGCUUUGAUGUCAUUCUGGGUGGCCUAUCUUUUGAUAUAAUAUGUAAAAAUAUAUAUAUAUAUAUAUACAUAUAUGAGUUGUGGAUGCUUUUCUCAUC